UUGCUACGUAAAGGUUUAACAUUUUUGUACAAAAUGCGUGCAUUUUUAAUAUUCAUCCUUUUCGGAGUUCUUGUUGAAGUUACAUUUGGAAGGGGAUUGCAGUAUUCCAGUGACCUAGAGCGAAGACUAGUGACUCUGGAAGCCCGGCAAUUUGCUGAUAACGAUGCCUUUGAAGACAGAAUUCGAAGAUUAGAAAUCCACUUGCCCAUCCAGCGGAGACUUGAAAUUUCGCAGUCUAACCCUGUGGAUUCAUCUUCUUCUCUGGAGAAAAAGGAGCAUGUUGAUAACGAAAAAAUUAUUAGUGACAGACUCGACAAACUGGAGGAUGGCUUAAAAAAAGAGUUUGCGGAUCAACUAGGGAACUUAACUUCAAAAUUCGAAGGCCUAGUUGAAAAGUUGCCCUUGUUAGAAAACAAAGUGGCAUUCGGCAAGACUGGAAAAAAGUUUAAGAAGAUCGGUGAAAAGUAUUAUAUUAUCGAAAAUGACGUUCAGGUGGACAGGGUCUCUGCCAAGACUAUUUGUUCUUACAUUAAUGGACGUCUAGUGUCUCUUCAAAAUGAAGCGGAGUGGAAGUCACUUACCGAGAACCUGAACAGCGACAAAAACUAUUGGAUGGACAUUACCGACAGUGAAGAUGAAGGAAAAUUUUUAUCUGACUUAACCGAGAAAAAAGCAAGCUUCUUAAAGUGGAUGGAGGGCGAACCUAAUAAUGGAGCUGAUAAUGAUUUUGUUGAAGAUUGUGUGGAAAUGCGAGGAGAUUCUAAAUUCUAUAUGAAUGACGCUCAGUGCUCAAAUCGGGCUAAUUUUAUUUGUGAACUCGUAAUUUAAAUACGAAUUUUCAGUUAUUUCAGCAAAAAUAAAAUUAAUAUGAUUUUAU